CAGCACCAGCACCAGCACCAGCAGCAGGAGGAUCUGCAGCAUCAGAGUUACGCAGCAAAGAUGGCCACAUUGGAGACAACAGUGAAAAAACAGGAAAAGGUCAUUGAGAAGAUGGAGAAAGCAUUAGAGAGUAAACUCAGAGAGAAGAACAGACCAAGUAUUGACAAGGGGCCGGUGAUUGAAAAGCACAGAGGUUCGACUGACUGCAGAACAGAAGAGGUGCAGUCAGCCCUGGCAGCUGAAAACUCUCGUCUACAUGAAGAGCUGGACAGGAUUCGCAAGCAGCCCUUCCCCGUCAUUACAGCACAGACAAAAGAGGUUCUAUCACUCAAGGAGAGACUGAGUUUAAUAAAUAAACUGGAGAUGGCCGAUGCAAGAGUCCAAACACUGGAGGCUCAGCUGGAGGAGAACUCUAAAGUGUGGGGGAAACAGAAACAGGAAAUGUUGACUAAACUAAAUGAGCACAGGCAUGGCUUCAUCGGAACAUCAUCCACCAAAAUCCUUCAUGAUGCGUCUUCAGUCAGUUGAGUUUUACACAUUGUGCUGAAUUUUAAAAGCUAUUUAACAUGGAAUUAUUUCCCCCACUGUUUGCUACUGCUUACAGAUGACUGUAUCAGAUUCUUACAUCAGCAAAGCACACGGGAACCUGAAAAAUGACCAGUAAAUGAAAUAUAGGAUGAAGGA